AUUAUCUUAAACGAAACAGUUCACUCACGUGCAUUUUCCACCAGCUCACCACUCUACUGGCGACCGGCGACCCGCCAACGGCACCUUUCCCUCGGAUUAAAACAGGCAGCUUUUACCGGGACUGAACAAAGUGAAAAAAGAAGCGGAGGAAGAAGGUUGAAAGGUGGAAUGUAACCGUGGCGGCAGGGCAGUUUACAGAGUGUUCGUGUUUGAGUGUGUGUUUAGUGGCGUGGACGGUUUACGACCAAAGUCCAUAUUUGGAUUGAGGAAGCACAUUUCCUGCUUUUUCGACGAUUCAGGUCUCUGCGGUGCUUGGAUUGCACCAGGCCACUGUUUGUGUGCGACUAUGUUUGUGUGAGCCCCCCCCCCCCGGUGCAUGCUCCCCGGUCAGGAGGAGAGCGUGUCGGCGGAGAUGAAGGCGGGCCGCUCCUCAUCGCUGCGGCUCCUGCUGCUUGCCUGCUGUGCGUGCGUAGCCGCCGGGUACCCGUUCAGACCGCCGCCGGACCUCGACGUGACUCCGCGCGUCACCGUGUUGAGCAGCAGUCUCCAUGGCUGCAGGCGUUUCCGCACCUCCGUCGUCAACUACAGCGCCAUGUUGCUGGAGGCUGAGGGUGAGCAGCGCCUCUACGUCGGGGCCCGCGGGGCCGUGUUCGCGCUCGACGCCUCUGACAUCUCCGCCGCCUCUGCUCUCACCAUUGAGUGGGAGGCCUCUCCGGAGCAGAAACGUCAGUGCCUUCUCAAGGGAAAAGACAACAAGACAGAGUGUUUUAAUCACAUCCGCUUCCUGCAGAGGUUCAACUCCACGCAUCUCUACAUGUGUGGGACUCACGCCUUCAGUCCUAUGUGUGCAUAUAUAGAUGCUGAGAGAUUUGUGAUGUCUUCACCUGAAGAGGGCAGAGACAAAUGUCCUUACGGCCCAAAGACGGGCUACACUGGCAUCAUCGUAGACCAGGAGAUGUAUACCGCUUCCCAGUACGAGUUUAGAAGCUUCCCAGACAUCCGCCGCAACUCUCCGUCUCCCACACUAAAGACGGAGGACGCGCCCACGCGAUGGUUGAACGAAGCCAGCUUUGUGGGCUCGGCGUUGGUGAGGGAGAGCUUGAGCAGCAGUAGCAGCGUGGGCGACGACGACAAGAUCUACUACUUCUUCACCGAGGGGAGCCUGGAGCAGACGAGUACCUCCACCCACGGCAGGGUGGCGCGAGUGGCACGGAUUUGCAAGGGGGACCGAGGGGGCCGCCUAACUCUCCAAAAGCGCUGGACAUCCUUCCUCAAGGCCAGGCUGACGUGCUCCCUGCCCGAGUACGACUUCUACUUCAACGAGCUGCGCAGCGUGUUCGUCAUGCCCGGAGACACGCCGCGGGACACGCUCUUCUACGGCGUCUUCGGCCUGGGCUGGAAGAACAUAAAGGCGUCUGCAUUGUGUCGCUUCUCACUGUCUGACGUCCAAGAGGCCUUCCAAGGACCUUACAUGGAGAACCAGGACUCUAACUGGAAGGAGUACACUGGAAAGAUCCCAGACCUGCGACCUGGAACGUGUAUCAGCGACGCUUUGAGGGCCAAGGGCAUCAACAUGUCCACCUCCCUGCCUGAUGAUGUGCUCAACUUUGUACGAAGACACCCGUUGAUGUCCCGCCAUGUCCAGGCUUUAGACCGCCGCCCUCUGUUGUUCAGGAGGACCACAGAUUACACCCACCUGGCUGUGAACGCUGUACAAGGCUUGGAUGGACAAAAAUACCACGUGUUGUACAUGGGAACAGAUGAAGGCUGGUUGCACAAGGCCGUACACGUGGAGGGUCAGCUGCAUAUUAUCGAGGAGCUGCAGCUGUUUGAGGAACCGCAGCCAGUGGACAACGUGCUGAUCUCUGCAAAACAGAUGAGCGUUUACAUCGGCUCUCCCUCCGGCGUGGUGCAGCUCCCCCUCUCCAAUUGCCGAAGGUACGCUUCCUGCUACGACUGCAUCUUUGCCAGAGACCCUCACUGCGCCUGGAGCGGAACCCACUGCGUGGACAUCGUGGCGUACUCAGACAGGUCCACCUUAAUCCAGGACAUCCAGCAGGGCAACAGGGGGUGCAACAACACUCAAUUCGAUGUCGUCAUGCGCAGUCGGUUCGUGCGAGUCGGCGACGACGUGCUGCUGCAGUGCGAGCUCAGCUCCAACCUGGCCGCGCCCUUUUGGACCCUGGACGCCCACGAGCUGCGCGGCUACGGCCUCAGCUCCGGGUUCAGGACCGGCACGGACGGCCUGCUCAUCAUCGAGGCCCGGCAGGACCAGAGCGGCCUGUACGCCUGCUACUCUGUCGAGAAUGAAGUCAAGGUCGCCGUGGUUACUUACAACGUCACCAUUGGUCCGGACCCGCCGCCGCCCUCUUCGGUUGAGCCAAAAGACGGCCGGCGCCGCCGACCUAUCAACGCACAAUUUCCCACGGCGCCGCCUUCAUCCAGGGGGCCUUUAGAUGGACCCUUGUUCCCCCUUAUCCCCCACUCGAAGUUGAUCUCCUCCAAGAGUAUGGAGGUCUUGUACUUGUCCCUCAUCACCAUCCUGGGCAGCCUGUGUGUGGUUCUGGCCGUGGUGCUGGUCUACAUGGGCUACUGCCUACGAGUGGGCCAACGCGGGAAGUACUCUCUACGGGCCGCUGCCGCGACCUACCCGUGCAGCAAGAGAAGCAGCAGGAGCAAGAAGCAGCAGCGAAACUCCGCCCUCAUGGAGCUGAAGACCAUUUCCAGCCACUGUAACGGACACGGCGGCCAUAACGGCGUUUCCAGACGUCCUAACGGCGACGUAUACGACGGAGGCUCCCUACAAAUUGUCCCCGGUGAAGCUUACACGUCGCCCAACACCGAGCCCCUGCCCCCGGCCCCUCCCCUGCCACCCACCCCGCCGCUCCCCUCCCCCGAGUGCAGCUUCCCCAACGGGCUGUCGGCCACGCUGCCCAGCGUCCUGCGCAGGAUGAACGGCAACAGCUACGUGCUGCUCAGGCAAAUCGACCCGGAGAACACGUCGCCGCUCUGCUCCACCUUUGCCGACGAGCUCAACAGGAUCUUGGAGCGGCGCAAACAACUGGAGCCCAGGCCGGACGAGAGCUCCGUAUAGAGCUCCUGGCUCCCCCUGGUGGUAGGAGGACUGUGGCGUUGCAACAUAACAUUCGAGGGGGAGACCUUCUUUGCACUCAAACGUCCAAAAACAUGUGAAAAUAAGAAAUGACAGUGAAAAGCUUUUCUACCUCACCUCAUUUGUACCCCGACCGUCACGUGCGGCCUUGAGCGAGGAGAAAACAUAAAUACACGUGAAGACUUCCAUAUUUGGCUCGACUCACAGUGGAGGGCAGCUAGCCAAAGUUUGUUUGCACUAACUGAGUGCACAGAUGGCCUAUGCAUUUUUAAAACCUGUCAUUCACACUUUUCCCUACUAUAUACAAACACGGAACUGCAUUGUUUUCACUAACUUAACACUCAAUCCCUCUCUAAGAUUUUUAAUAUUAACUCGCAUAAAAA